CCCACCUCCAUCAAACCUCAACAAAAAACUUCUACAGACCUCGAAUCGGCUUUUAUUCUUUUUAUCUAAUUAAAUCUAAUAACGGGUAGCUCUAGCCUACACAUUUUGUUUAUAUGUAAAAAUUGGACUAGAGCCAAGAAACGCGUGUAAAACUAUUGUUUCACGAUUUGUAAUUUCUGUAGAACUAUAUAUUUUAGAACCGAUUACCUACUGAAUGUUCUUUCAGUAUGACUUCUGUCAUCUUGCAGUCUAAAUAACCUUUCGUCAUUGUGAAUUGAUUUGGCUGAUUGCUAGUUGGUCAGUUAUCCGAAAAUAUAACCGCGGAUAUUAUUAACAUGGCGAAAGAAGAGGACGAUGACAAUUUGCCAGAUAAAGAUGCGGCGAAAGAAUUUUAUGCGAAGUAUGAACCGAAAGAAAUCAUUGGAAGAGGGAUAAGUUCAACAGUGAGAAGAUGUAUAGAAAAGGAAACAGGCCAUGAGUUUGCUGCUAAGAUAAUAGACCUCAGUCAGGAAUCACAAGAUGGAGUUGACACACAUACCAUGAGAGAUGCUACUCGACAAGAGAUUCAUAUUCUUAGAAUGGUCGCUGGUCAUCCUUACAUUAUUGAAUUACAAGAUGUGUUUGAAUCGGAGACAUUUAUCUUCCUGGUGUUUGAAUUGUGCAAGAAUGGAGAGCUGUUUGAUUAUCUCACAUCCGUGGUGACUCUGUCAGAGAAGAAGACAAGAUAUAUCAUGAGGCAGGUGCUGGAAGGCGUUCGUUAUGUACACAGCAAGAACAUAGUGCAUCGCGAUCUCAAGCCAGAGAACAUUCUGUUGGACGACCAGCUAAAUGUCAAGAUCACAGACUUUGGCUUCGCUAAGGUGCUCAAUGAUGGGGAAAAGUUAUUCGAACUGUGCGGUACUCCUGGCUACCUCGCUCCGGAAACAUUGAAAGCGAAUAUGUUUGAAGAUGCGCCUGGCUACGGGAAAGAAGUUGAUAUCUGGGCGUGUGGUGUCAUCAUGUUUACUUUAUUGGUAGGUUGUCCGCCGUUCUGGCAUAGAAAGCAAAUGGUCAUGCUAAGAAAUAUCAUGGAAGGGCGAUAUUCUUUCACCAGUCCUGAAUGGGCGGAUAUAUCUGAUGACCCAAAGGAUCUAAUUAGAAGGCUUCUGGUGGUGGAACCGAGCGAGCGUAUUGACGUCCAUGAAUCUUUAAUGCAUCCAUUCUUUAAUACAGUGUUGUGGGACCAGGACAUGACGCCGCUCAAGAAAUCGCUGUCCGGAACCAGCCGAAGGAUGUCCAGGAUUGAGCAAUUGUCUAUGGCAAUAAAGUCGGGAGGAUUCAAUGCACGUGCCAAGAUACGGCUUGCGUUUGUUGUGGUGCGCGCGGCCGUACGCCUGCGUCGUCUACCGCAUACCGCCGCGCAGGCUGUGCCCCUAGUCGACGCGCUCCGAGAUCCAUACACCAUGCGAGCAUUGAGAAAGGUUAUCGAUGGUUGUGCAUUCCGAGUGUACGGGCAUUGGGUAAAGAAGGGCGAGGGCCAGAACCGAGCGGCGCUGUUUGAGAACAUGCCCAAGACGGAGCUGAAGAGCCUCUACGUCAGUAACCUGAGCCGAUAGCCGCCGCGCUGCUGCUUCUGGAUGCACUUCCUUUAUACUAUGCUUUCCUGGUCCUUUGGAGUGAACGUGUACCAGGGUAGCAUCGCCAAUGAAGAAGUCGAGCUGCGACCCGCUGCUCCGACUCAACCCCACGUCCUUAAAGUGUGAUGUAGGUUAGUGAUAGAGAAUGUCAACAGCUCUAGUACCCUAGUAAUUUAAUUACCAUUUAUAUACAGUACGUAUGUAUUUAGAACAAAUUGUACGUACGUUUACGUCGCCAAUGCCAUAUUAGCAAAGACGUUACGUUAUU